CGCUGUGUUUUUGGCUUGGGCUGUACGUUUCACAGACAGCCGGCCGAGCGGCAGACGUACUUUUGUGAAGGCCUGCGCGCACGCGCUGGUGUGGAGAACUCACAAAUGCCAGCAACAAAUGGAAUAAUAGGACCGAGCCUCGCGAACUUCUGCGUGCAGUACAAUUUCCAGGUUAUAGCUAUUGCGUUGGAAGUGGCGGCGCGCGUCACCCACCAGCAGAGCUGGGUCGCGACGCAGAACAUGUCGGUCAUAUUCGUAGGGUGCAUCCUGGGCCAGUUCACGAUGGGUUAUGCUGGUGAUUUGAUCGGGCGGAGCCGCGCGCUGUCUCUCACACUUUGUAUUGCGGCGGCGGGCGCAAUUGGUAGUGCGGCGGCCUCGUGGGGCACGCCAGCGGCGAUCUACGGCACGAUUGUGGCCUUUAGGUUAGUCAUCGGGUAUGGCCUGGGCGGCGUGUAUCCUCUGAGUGCGACGAAGGCCGCGGAGAGCGACGACGACGAUGCAAAUUCAAUAGGGAGGACGGCCUGGGCCUUUUUCUGGCAAGGGCCGGGGAUGUGCGCACCAUAUGUAGUAGCUAUCAUUCUGCGCGCUUGUUUGGCGUCGGACGCGCAAGCUUUGCAGUGGCGGCUGUUACUGGGCCUGGGCGCCGCGCCGGCGUUGCUGGCGAUGGCCUUUUUGCGGGAGGACGCGCAAGAAGAUCACGGGAGGGACGCGGCCGCGGCGGCCGCGGCCGCGAAGGCGCAAAUUCAACGCGACGCCAAGACCAAGAUUUUUUGGAGGCGCUUCGCGGGCUGCGGCGGGUCCUGGUUUCUGUACGACGUGGCCCUGUACGGCACAACUUUAUUGGGUCCAACUAUCGUCGAGGACUGCUUCCGCGGGAAAAAUAGUAUACAGGACACGUCCUGGCAGCAGCUCGUGGGUUUGUCGUUCAACGUCCCCGCCAUGCUGUUGAGCGUGGAACUGCUCAACCGCCAACGGAUAACAGCUAAAAAACUGCAAAUCGCGGGCUUUCUGCUGAUGGCCUUCGCCUACGCGCUGUACGGCGUCCUGGACGCGGUACAGGUCAACGCGUGGGUCCUCUUCGCGGCCUACUGCUUCCUGAAUUUUACAUUAUCUUUCGGACCCAACGUGACGACGUUCGUCCUCCCGGCGGCGACGUUCUCUGGCGAUACAAAGUCGACGAUGAACGGCUUGUGUGCGGCCCUCGGCAAGCUGGGCGCCGUUGUCGGGACGCAGGUGCUGCCUGUGCUCCUUGAUCUCGGGCUGAGUUACGUGCUGGGCGCGUGUCUCGUCACGUGCGUCGCGGGCGCGCUGUUGACCCAAGUCUGCGUCGAGGCGAAGGCGUACGAGACCGUGUUGUUGGAGGCGGACGCGGGCGAGGGCGGCGUGGCAUAAAUGUGUGUUCUGUAUUAGUCAG